CCAGUCUUGACGAAUAUAUCCAUUCGUGGACGUGUAAGAUUUGAUUCCGCAUUACCUCUCAAACAGGCAGUCUUUAUUACAAUUAUGUACAUAUAUACUAAAUACUACGUAUAACGCCGUGAAAUCCUUUUGUCCGGCGAUAUAAAUACUGCGGGUUGUUGCUUCACGUCGUGUGUGUCGCCACAACCCCCUUCAACGAGCAUAUGGCGGACAGAAAAAUCAAUAGCUGCGCGUCACGAUGCUCGACGUGUGUACCGCUCGUGUUCCUGUGCAGUCGCGUCUCGUAUUUUCCACACCUCUGCCGCCAGUUUACGUGCAACGCUACGUCGAAUUUUCCCUUACAUGUGCCUAGUGGUGUACCACCUCGUCCGCGUGGAAUCGCUCAUGAAUCUUGAACGUUAUGUUGGGGAGCGGUAUUCGUCGAGGGUGCGCACAGAAGUAGCAUCUAUUGUUACCACGCAGUAAAGUAGAACAAUCCCGAAAAUGAUGGACGGACCCGGAUUAGGAUAUUCGUAUCACCUUCCAUCCGCUGGUUGGAACCUCAAGGUUAGAAAUGCGCUGUCGCAAUUCAGUGACCUGUUCAGCGAAUUUAACAAAUAUAUCGCGCCAGCUUAUCAUCAUGAUCGUUGCGAGAGAUCUGUGCAAAUGCGCCUGUACUCGAUGCACAAGAGGGAAUUUGUCAUGGUGUUCGUCGCAUUUUUCGCGUGUUUCGGGCUGGCGGUAUUUAUCGGCCUCGCCGGUCCACCUAUAACAUCAACUAGCGAACAGAAGGCACAUCUGAACGGUAGCGAGAUGGCCACUGGUCCAUUCAUCAUGAAGACGCCUCUAUUGUCCACGUACAGCCAGCAAUUGUGGGUGAUCGCCAAGCUAUCGACAUCGAACAACGACGAUGAGAGAUACGACAAGGGGUUUCAAGUUAGCGUCUCUAUAGACGGUAUCACUCUCAACCGCAAGCUCGUGUCUGUGCUAUCGCCGGAAGCUGGACAUAAUCGAACCAGACAUCUGAAAUGCGAGAGGCAAACUUGCGAAGAGCUGGUCGUCGCUCAUCUCGGCUUUCUCGACUACAGUUACUACAUCAUCACUGUCCGCUUCCACGGACUUGAGAGCUUCCAUCAGCGUUACACGAUACGGCAACUCACAUUCUACUUCAAGAACUACAAUCCGGCGUUCACGCAAAUCGAGAUCUGGUUCCGGCUGAUCUUUCUACUUACCACGUUCGGAGUGAUGUGUUGGUUCGGCCACUCGCUCAGGAAGUAUCCGCUACACGAUUGGUCGAUUGAGCAGAAGUGGAUCUCCAUACUUCUUCCAUUGCUGAUUCUCUACAAUAAUCCACUGUUUCCUAUGACUUUCUUGGUGAACUCCUGGGUGCCUGGAAUGCUGGAUGCGAUUCUACAGACCACCUUCUUAUGCGCCAUUCUUAUGUUCUGGCUCUGCGUUUAUCACGGCCUCAGACAGAAUGAAAGACGACUCAUCACCUUUUACCUGCCUAAACUCUUAGUUGUGGGUAUGCUGUGGGGCGCAGCAUUGACGCUCGCCACAUGGCUUCGUUGCACCGAACUGGAGGAUCCCACUUACAAUUAUGUUCUCGAUACGUCUAAUUACUACGGCUUCAAGGUGUUUUUCUUCACAAUAGGUGGCUUCUACAUCGCGUACUUGCUACUUCUCAUAUUAAGAGCGUACAGCGAAUUACGGUCUAUGCCAUACUUCGAUCUUCGUUUGCGGUUCCUGACGUUGCUUGCCGCAGUAGUUGCUGGCGUUUGCAGUUUGGUCACCGCUCGUCAGUUCGGAGCCGGUGUAUUGGAAGACAGUUUUGCGUCACGCCUUUCUACCUAUUACCGCACAUCCGCACAGUUCAUGGCCCUUUAUGGUCUUCUUAAUUUUUACUUGUACACCAUGGCAUACGUUUACGCACCUGCGCUCCAGCAAGUCUAUGGACAACACUCAUCCAUAACGAAGGAUAAUCCUGCAUUUUCGAUGUUUAACGAUUCGGAAGAGGAAGUCAUAUACGGAUCAGACGAAGACAGCCGACGACCGUUGACCUGCGCUCCGCGAAACACGGAGGACAGUGACUAAGGGCCUUAAUGUAAAAGAAAUUGGAGAAACGAGGAAAAAUAACAUUUUUAAUACGUUAUGCUAGUCAAAGAAUAAGCUCGUUAAGCGAGAAGACCAGUAAAGCGGGAAACGACGCGACGGCCACCGACUUCCGGGUCGCGCUUCUAGUCAUUUGCAGUCAUACUGCCGUCAUUGAGGUUGUUGUGAAAAACGAAACGUGACGUCGCGUAGUUAGUAAUUUUGAUGAGGAAUCGAACGUUGAUUUCGAACAAGGACUUCGGCAACCGGAGUCACGUUUACGCAGGACUCACGAAUUACGUAUACUGUACAUAAAAUAUAAGUACACACUCAAACACACACAGACAUACCGAUAAUGUGAAAAGUGUUUCGUGUAUCGCAUCGUACGUAGAAAUAACGUAAUAACCAGCGAUGGAGAUUCUUAUGAGAUUUAAACGUUUAUAAAAGUAGUCAUAUUUUGAACGAAAGGGAAAGAGAGAAGAAGAGACAAAGAAGGCGGUACACAGAUGUCAGUUUUAGCUGCGCUUCUCGUUUAGAACGAGACAGAUAUCCUUUCUUCUUCUUCUUCUUCUAUACGACAGAAGAAGGAAAAAAAACGUAUAGAACGCGUGGUUAAAACGGGGGAACCUGCUUUAAAAUGACGUUUUACUUUGGAUUCGGUGGCAGAUAUUUGCAAGACGUUCUUUGCAUCUUUUCAAUGCCAAUGAUCUGUGUGAAAAGAAUAAACGCGAAUAAAUGGUGAAUUAUUAUGCGAGAAAUUAUAAAAUCGAAGUCGUAAAACGUCACUUUCCCACAAUCACACACACAAAUUGUUGACAAAAUAAAUUUUAUCCGGUAUCUUAAUUGUCAAUGUGAAUUCCAGAUGUGUAUUCUUCACGAUCAGACUCGCCAAUAAUAUGACACGUUGAUAACGCGCCCAACAAGUGAAACAAGUGAAAACGGCAAAACGAAAGAGCCAACAAAUAUUGUAUUACGUUAUGUAUUCGUAAGAUAUUGCAAUAGUUUUUAUACGAGAUGUAUUUAACUGUUUGGUAUGCCGAGUUUAAUAAAAAUAAGACAUAUAUAGAAGCAUACGUACUCUCUAAAGUACAAUCAGUGUAUUCUUCACUGAAAUCCUAUACUUAUAACUGAUAGCUUAGUUAUAAGUAUAGUAUUGCAAUCAGUAAAAUUUCGCUGAAAAAAUCAGUUAAUAGUGGCGACUGUUCCUGUUAAUGAUAUAAUUUGCAAUUACAGUGUCAUGCAUGCAAAUUACGUGGAAAACAUUAAUUCCAUCUCCACAAACACAAAAAAUUGAAUUUGGCAUAACGCGUAACGAAUUUGUAUACUACAAAUUUUGAAGUGAAAUCUUACUUCCACUGAUUAAAAUCAGUGAGAUAUGACAGUAAAGUGAGAGUAUUUCCACUGAAAAUCAGUAAAUUACUCACUUGUCGGUGAAAUACUCUUUUCAUUAAUUCAGUUAGAAAUAUUUUGUCUGAUUCAUCUUAAGAGAGUAGCAUCACCGAGCGGAAGUGUUAAUGGGAAUCUAUACGAGGGAAAAGAAAAAAGACGUGCGUGAGUACGAAUACCAGUGUAAAAUGUUUUAUACCUGAAAUCCCAAUUGUAUUCAGAGAAAAGAAAACUGUCGAGAUGCAAGUAUGCUUUGAAAAAGAGAAAAGAAAAAUCCACGAGAUAUCGCUAUGUUUUUGUGCUGUUAACACUGUCGUGUAUAUAAUUGAUUAAUAAAUGAUUUGUAAUCGUUGCUUAUACAUCGGCUCCUUCGUAAUUACAUUUUUCUUCGCGAGAACAAUGCGACCCAUCCUGCAAAGGAACGUUUAUUUGUCGAAAGAACCGCCUGCGUGUAGAGCAUUCGUUGCGUUGUAAUGGCCAUUCGUCAUCACUGUUCAAUAUGUUAUCGAACUACGCUUGCUACAAUGUAUCCAAAAAUAAAGAGAUCUCAUGCGAGAA